AGAAGAAGUCCAAUCAGCUGAAGAAUCAACAGUUGCAUGCAUUAACCUGGGCGUGGACAACAGCAGAGGGCCAACCUGAAGGAACCUCAAUUGAAAAAUUCUUAGAAGAAAGUCUAGGCCUGGUGGAAGUCAUUUACAGGUGUAAUGAACAUAAUGCAGUGAAGCAGGGCCACUGAAUCAUCUGUGUACACUCUUGAGGACACCGAAAGAGUGUUCUGCAAUGCAGACUCAGAAUGUCUGCCGAAGACACCGUGAGGAGAAAUAAAACAGCCAUCCAAACAAUUCUGUCCGGAGACUACAGGCUGAUCCUCAACAAAGUUUUUGAGAACUUCCUGAUCACUCGUGGGGACUACAUCAACCUUAAAAGUAUCAAUGGGAAAGAUGUGGAGGGACACGUUACUGAGCUCGUGGAUAAGAUCAUGAGUAAAGGAGACGAUACCUGCAGAGCUUUUCUGAACCUCCUGCAAACUGAUGAAAAAAUACAAACUACAUUCCCUCAGCUGAACAACACUCCGUUUCUACCUAAGCCUGACCAAGCUUCUUUACUUCAGCAUGAUGGCUCCAGUCAAAUGGAGUCCAUCCAGGCCUGUGCUGGUGGGAGCAGGUCUGUGAUACAAAGCUUGUACUCAACUCUAGAAGACGAGCUGGACUCUACUGAGGUGGCAGCACUUUGCUUCCUGUGUCGUGAUGUUGUUAGUAGAAGUCAUCUGAAAGGGAUCACUAAUAUCAAAGACCUGUUCUCAAGAUUAAAGGAAAAAGGUGCCCUGCAGAACAAUCAUUUCCUUUCUCAGCUUCUCUCAACUAUUGAUCGAGUAGACCUCGUCAGGUCCCUGGGCAUAGAUGGCAAACGAUCGAAGGACACAGAUGAGAGUCCUGUUCUGUCACAGUACAGGGUGAUGCUGUACAAAUUAUACGAUGCCAUGAUUAACGACAAUCUCGCAAUCAUGAAGUUUCUACUGAGGUCAAAGCUGGGCAAAAACAAACUGGAUCAAUGCAAAACAGUGCUGGAUGUGUUUGCUGAGAUGGAAAAGAAAGAUUUAAUAUCACACACAAAUGUCAGUGUGUUGCAUGACGUACUCCAAAAGCUUGAUAAUCAAGAGCUGGCAAAGAUAGUAGAGAACUACAUUCAAGGAAUCCAGCAGCAGCAGCAGCAGAUGUUACCUCCUCAUAGGUUUUUUGACAAAAAUGAAUUCCAUCUUCCUCUGUCUGUAACUGAAACUCAGUCCACCUGCAGAGGAGAGAUUAUUUACACUGAUGCACGAUCACAGCCCAUCUCUCUUCCUGAUCAGUCAGAAUACUACACUUUGACUCAUAAGUCUCAUGGUUUAUGUGUGGUUAUCAAUAAUGAGAUCUUCACUGGAACAAAUCUAAAUAAUCGAAGAGGAACUCAGAAGGAUGCAGAUGCUCUGAACACAGUGUUCACACGCUUAGGCUUUAAAGUGCUGAUACACAACAACCUGACUGCAGCACAAAUGCAAAAUGAAAUAAGAAUGUACAGCAAGAGGAAUUUUGUGAAUGACGAUGCCUUGGUGGUAUGCGUGCUUUCCCAUGGAGAAAAGGGGUGUGUCUUUGGCACUGAUGGGGAAAAGGUGUUCCUGCAAGAUAUGAUGCUCCCGUUUACAAGUGGAAGAACCCCAACCUUAGCAGGGAAGCCCAAACUCUUCUUCAUUGAAGCAAGUCAGAGUGAUGGAUACGAGAAAGGUCACUGUCCCAGCAGCUUGGGGCCAGGAGAGGAGAGGGAGAAACAAUUCUUCCUGGAAGGAAAUUCAGAAGCAGACUUUCUGAUAGGCAUGGCCACUGUGAAGGGGUUCAUAUCAUUUCGAAACAAAGUCACAGGAUGCAUCUACACCCAGGAGCUCUGCAGGCAGUUGACAAGAUCAGCAGAAAGUCAGGAGAUGGAUGAUCUCCUCACUGUCCUGACACGUGUGAACAGGGAGGUCCACCAAAGAGAGUUUUACCAGAAUUACAAACAAAUGCCAGAGGCCAGAUACACCCUCACCAAGAAGCUCGUCCUCAAAUCUGUGUCACCUGACUGUGACCAAAAAUAAGUCCCAUAUUUACAAAGACUUGAUGAGUCUUGUCUACAGCGUAUCUGACUGUGUGUGUGUUGCACAUAUGUAUGAAUGAAUUUGUAUUUUGCUUUCAUCUCAAGAAUCAAAGAAAACAUCAUGGUAUAAAUAAAUGUUGUGACUGAAAUUUUUGUCAUGUCAUUUUUCUUUUUUCCCCUGCCACAUAAUUAUACGCUACUGAAUAGUUGUAAUUAAGCGGUGGUCAUCUGUUUUAAAAACCAUUC